CGACUGCGCUGCCCAUUUAUGAGGACUGAUCGUUUAUUCACCUUCCCAUCUUGCGGAAAUCCGAGCCUUGUUUCCAGGUGCACGCGAAUCUGUGGAGUGGAGCUGAGCAGCCUGUUGAGAUGAGUGCUGGAAACACCUUAGAUGAUCAGGAUACUUUGAAAAUUUUGAUUGCAACUGAUAUUCAUCUUGGUUAUUUGGAAAAGGAUGCCGUAAGGGGAAAUGAUACUCUUGUAACCUUUGACGAGAUUUUAAAAUGUGCACAGGAUAAUGAGGUUGAUUUUAUACUGCUGGGUGGAGACCUCUUUCAUGACAACAAACCUUCCCGGAAGACUUUACAUACCUGUAUGGAGUUAAUGAGGAAAUACUGCAUGGGAGACACUCCAGUACAGUUUGAAAUAUUAAGUGACCAGUCAGUUAAUUUUGGUUAUAGUAAGUUUCCCUGGGUAAACUAUCAAGAUGGAAAUUUAAAUAUCUCCAUUCCUGUUUUCAGUAUUCAUGGUAACCAUGACGACCCUACAGGGGCUGCUGCACUGUGUGCUUUGGAUCUCUUGAGCUGUGUGGGAUUAAUGAACCAUUUUGGGCGUUCUAUGUCAGUUGAGAAGAUUGACAUUAGCCCCAUUCUGAUUCAGAAAGGAGGUACCAAGCUGGCCCUCUAUGGGUUAGGAGCCAUUCCAGAUGAACGUCUCUACCGAAUGUUUGUAAAUAAACAGGUCACAAUGCUGAGGCCAAAGGAAGAGGAAGACAGCUGGUUUAACAUGUUUGUCAUUCAUCAAAAUAGGAGCAAGCAUGGAGCUACGAGUUACAUUCCAGAGCAAUUUUUGGAUGACUUCCUUGACCUUGUCAUUUGGGGACAUGAGCAUGAAUGUAAAAUAGCUCCCACAAGAAAUGAACAACAGCUGUUCUAUGUUUCACAGCCUGGAAGCUCUGUUGUCACUUCCCUUUCUCCAGGAGAAGCUGUAAAAAAGCAUAUUGGAUUGCUGCGAAUCAAAGGAAAGAAAAUGAAUAUGCAGAAAAUUCCUUUGAAAACAAUUCGUCGGUUCUUUAUUGAGGAUGUUGUCCUGGCAGAUCAUCCUGCCAUAUUUAACCCAGAUCACCCCAAAGUCACGCAGAAAAUAGAAGCUUUCUGUAUAGAGAAGGUGGAAGGAUUAUUGGAUGUUGCUGAAAGAGAACGCAUUGGAAAUCCACGUCAGCCAGAAAAGCCUUUAAUAAGACUGAGGGUGGAUUACAGUGGUGGAUUUGAACCUUUCAAUACUCUUCGAUUUAGCCAGAGAUUUGUUGAGAGAGUGGCGAACCCCAAGGACGUCAUUCACUUUUUCCGACAGAGAGAACAUAAAGAUAAAAAAUCAGAUACAGAGAUUAAUUUUGAGAAAAUUACAAGUACAUCUUUAGAAGGGAUGACAUUAAGAGUGGAGGACCUAGUGAAACAGUAUUUUGAGACGGCCGAAAAAAGUAUCCAAUUGUCACUGCUAACGGAAAGGAGCAUGGGAGAAGCAGUGCAAGAGUUUGUUGACAAGGAAGAAAAAGAUGCUAUUGAUAUCAUCGUAAAAUUACAAUUGGAAAAGACUCAACAGUUUUUGAAAGAGCGUCAUAUUGAUGGUAUCGAGGACAAGAUUGAUGAAGUAGUAAAGCAAUUUCGUGAAAUGAGAAAAAGUAACACAGCAGAAGAAGAUAAAGAAGUUAAAGAAGCAAUCAUUCGAACUAGGGCACAUAGGGUUGAAGAAAAAGGUGUCUCAUCAUUUCAGAGUGAUGAUGACAUGGAUUACAUGGAGACUAUUGAAGAAAACGUUGCAGACUCUGAUGAAAAUGUAUUGGGACCUACGAGCAGGCGAGGAAGAGGUCGUGGAAGAGGCACCACCAGAAAACAGAGUUCCUCCACUGGAAGAGGAGGAUCUAGAAGAGGGGGCAGAAGCAGUGGAAGGGAAACCAGCAAAGAAUCAAAGGCUCCCAGCAGCAGCAAGGCAUACAAGGCUCCAGUAGUUACACAAGCAAAAAGUGUACUAAUCACAGAAGCUUUUAAAGCAGCAAGCCAGCGGCAAGCAUGGACCCCACCCAUAGAGGUUAUAAGUAGUGAUGAUUCAGAUAUGGAAAUUGUUUCUUCAUGUAGUUCUUCAAAGCCAAAUCAAAGGACUUCAAGUACGUCAGAAUCUUUCAGUAACAGAGGCCCACAAAACUCCUCUAAAGGAGUAAAUUUUUGUGAUGAUGAAGACGAUGAUGAGGACGAAUAUGAUCCCUUUAAAAGUUCUGCAAACUCAAGAAGAGGCAACAGAUAACUUGUCAAUCCUCGGGAUUGUGCUGCCGUUUACAUUCUGGAUCAAUUUUGUUGUUAAGAAUUUGAUUCAGUAUCAAUGCUCUUGUAUAACAAUGUUUAAACAGAUUUUAAAAUAAAAGCACGUAUCAUUUGUAUGUUGAUACACAGUAUUAGAUGUGAAUACUUUUUUGUGAGUAUAUUAAGAAAUCUGAUCCACUCUGAAUCGAUCUCCUUAAGAAGUCUUAUUAUUUGAAAGCUUCAGCAUGAUGCCUCUAAAAUAGUCUCCAGCUACCCUGAGAUUUUGUUAUAAUUAAUCGGAUAACCUGUCAAUUACAAAAAAGUCUUGUCAGUGGCCAGUGGAUCUGCAAUGAAUAAUCAAAUAUAAAUUACUGAUGCAAUUAAAAUACGAGAGGUGACUGAUAAGUUCGUGGCCUAAGGUAGAAGGAGUCAAUUUUAGAAAAUGUAGCACAUUUAUUUUUCAACAUAGUCC